UACGUCUAUUUCAGUGCAACAAAUUAGGAGGGUUAGUGUGUUUGUCUGUGUCUUUUUGUAGUGGGAGCGGGUAGAGAAGCAAUGAAGCUGAACUGCUUGAGCAAGCACAAAAUCCCAUUUCCGGUUCAAACCCAUCACUUCAACUCUCGGGUUUUAACUUCUCGCUUCUCCACCAAAAACCCAUCUUCUUCUUCUUCUUCUUCUUCGUCUUCGUCUUCCUCUGAUAGUCUCUUUCAUCGCAUCCAAAUCAUCAGAGACCCAAAGGCCUCCGUUCUACCAGUCCUUCAACAAUGGGUCACUGAGCGCCGUCCUCUUGAUGAACACCAAGUCCGUUCUCUCGUCCACAUCAUGAAGGACUUCAGACGCUACAAUCACGCUCUUGAGAUAUCUCAUUGGAUGACUGAUAGUAGAUACUUUAAUUUAUCACCAAGUGAUGCAGCCGUUAGGUUGGAAUUGAUUCAGAGAGUUCAUGGACUAGAAAAGGCAGAAAAUUAUUUUAAUAAUAUCUCAAAAAAGUUGAAAACAUGUAAUGCCUACGGUGCUCUUCUUAGUACUUAUGUACGAGAAAAUGCUGUUGAGAAAGCUGAAGCCACUAUGCAGGAAAUGAGAAAGAUGGGUAUGACAAAGUCAACUUUUGCUUACAACAUGUUGAUCAACCUUUAUUCCCAAAAUGGAGAACAUGAGAAGAUUGACAUAUUGAUGGAAGAGAUGGAAAAGGAAGGAAUAGCUUAUGACAAGUAUACUUUAAGAAAUCGAAUGGCUGCCUAUGUUGCGGCAUCAAACACUUCUGGGAUAGAAAAAAUCCUGAAUAGGAUGGAGGCUGAUCCACACAUUCCGAAUGACUGGAGUGUGUAUUCAUUGGCAGCCAGUGGAUAUCUAAAAGUUGGGUCAACUGAGGAGGCUCUGGUAAAGCUCCAGAAAAUGGAGGAAGUGAUGCCUGCUGAAAGGACAAAAGCAGCAUUUGAAUAUCUUCUUUCUCUCUAUGCUAGUACAGGUCGAAAAGAGGAGCUUUACAGAGUUUGGAAUACUUAUAAACCAUCAAAUGGAUUGAUGGACAAACCAUAUGCCUGCAUGAUUUCAUCUCUUGCAAAGCUGGAUGAUAUCGAGGGGGCAGAGAAAAUUUUUGAAGAGUGGGAGUCACGAUGCACAAUGUAUGAUUUCAGGGUGCUAAAUAGGCUUCUUAUUGCUUAUUGCAGAAAGGGUCUUUUUGAGAAGGCAGAAUCAGUUGCAAAGAAAGCUUCUGAAGGAAGAAGACCUUAUGCAAGUACAUGGAAUAUCUUGGCAACUGGGUAUGCAGAGAGUAAGCAAAUGCCUAAGGCAGUUGAAAUGUUGAAGAAGGGAUUGUCAGUUGGUAGAAAAGGAUGGAAGCCAAAUCCCGUCACUCUGGAGGCCUGUAUGGAUUACUUAAAAGGACGAGGAGAUUCGACGGAAAUGGAGGAAAUCAUAGGUUUAUUAAAAGAAGUUGGGUCGUUCGACUCUCAUACAAAUCAGAAAUUGUUGAGGACUUAAGUUUCAGCUACAAAAUUAGUCUCCCUGAUUCGUAAUUGUAUGAAAAUGAAGGUUUUACUUUAAUAAAGAAAAAGGAGGAUUCUUAAAACAAGCCAUUAAGCUUUUUGGUAGAGUAUUGAUGAAUCAUAAGCUUGAGGCUUCAGAUUGAAGAGUCCUUAAAAUUCUAGUAACAAGUUUGACUUCCUUA